AUGGUUGAUACUUCUACGGCUGGUAGUGUGAGCUCUGGAUCUGGAACUCCUGCAUCUGGAACUCCCUCCGGAUUAGGACUCCUUUCCGGAUCUGGAACUCCACCUCCUGUGCCGCCUGUGGCUGACGUCCCAAAGGUUGUGAUUCAACGGCGAACUAUCUCACCAUACGAUCUCACUUCUAGUGAUAAUCCUGGUUCGCUGAUCUCUCAACCUUUGUUGCGUGGCAGCAACUAUGAUGAAUGGGCAACCAAUAUUCGACUAGCUCUCUCGGCUAGAAAGAAAUUUGGUUUUGUCGAUGGCUCGAUUCCGAAACCAACGGAAGACUCUGGUGACCUCGAAGAUUGGUGGACCAAUAACGCUUUGGUAGUUUCUUGGUUAAAGCUCACCAUCGAUCCGGUGCUACGCUCGACGAUCUCUCAUCAUGAUGUUGCUCACGAUCUGUGGGAACAUAUCAAACAGCGGUUCUCUCUGAAAAACGGCCAGAAAAUCCAGCGUUUGAAGGCGGAACUCGCUGUGUGUCGUCAACGAGGCUUGGCGCUUGAAGCCUAUUAUGGCAAACUAAUGAAGAUCUGGACCACACUGGAUGAUUAUCGUCACACGACGAAUUGUGGUUGUCCUCAGGGACAUGAUUUGGAGAAGGAACGUGCGGAUGAGAAACUGCAUCAAUUUCUUCUCGGCAUUGACGAAUUAGUCUUUGGUGCAGCAAAAUCCUCCUUGCUGUCCAGGGAGCCUCUUCCUACUCUCGAAGAGGCAUACAACGUCCUUGCUCAAGAUGAAGAAUCGAGAUCCAUCGCUGCAAUGUCUGACAAUCGCAACGAUGGUGUAAGCUUUGCUGUUCAAUCAAACCCCAAGGCUUAUGGAGGACAGAACGACAAGAACGCACUCUGCACGAGCUGUGGCAAAAACGGUCAUCUUGCCGAAAACUGUUUCCGUUCCAUUGGUUAUCCACCUUGGUGGGGCGAUCGUCCUCGCAACAAAGAGCCACCUCCUACUCGCGAUCAGUCUCGCAACAAAGGAGUCUCUGUUGCACAAGCUAACUCGGUGAUGGCUUCCUCCGGUGCACCAACUCAUGUGGCAAAUUCGAUGGUCACACACGCUGAUCGAGUUGGCUUCAGUGGUUUGAAAGAGGACGAAUGGCACACUCUGAUGCAGAUGCUCAAUGAGCGUAAGACUGAAAAGGGCACUUUGUCACUCUUAGGUAUGCUCACUACUAACUCUUGGAUAAUUGACACUGGUGCCUCGAAUCAUAUGACAGGCAGUGUCGAUUUUUUGUUUGAUGUUCGAGACAUGGCUCCUAUGUCUAUUAAACUACCUGAUGGAAGGUUUACUAUCUCUAAUCGGAUCGGCUCAGUUAGAAUGGGCUCUCGUUUAAACCUUCAGAAUGUUUUCUUGGUGGCUGAUCUGCAUUGCCACUUGAUCUCUGUUUCACAGCUAACUCGAGAGGUUUCUUGCGUGUUUCAGCUGACAGAAAAGCUAUGUCUUAUCCAGGACCGCAUCACGAGGACCCUGAUUGGUGCGGGUGAGCAAGCGUUUGGACUCUACUUCUUUCGUGGUAUGGAAGCUUUGGCUGCGGUGUCACAUACGGAUACGUCUUCUCGUGAAGUAUGGCAUUGCAGGAUGGGGCAUCCGUCUUUAAAGGCAGUAGAGUCACUCUCGAGUUCCGGUGUUAUUAGGAGUAGCUUUAAGAAUUCUGGUGUUUCUACUGUUUCCGCAAAUAAAACGUGUGAGGUGUGUAUGCGCGCCAAACAAACACGAGAUGUUUUUCCUAUCAGUUCUAAUAAAACAACAGCUUGUUUUGAACUUGUGCACUGCGAUUUAUGGGGUCCUUAUAGAUCUCCAGCUUUAUGUGGUUCACGCUACUUCCUAACCAUCGUUGAUGACUUCUCUCGAGCUACUUGGAUCUACCUUAUUGAAUCCAAACAAGAGGCACCAACUUCACUGAAAAAGUUUGUUGCUUUAGUUGAGAGGCAAUUUGAAACAAAGAUCAAAACAAUAAGAAGCGACAAUGGUUCUGAGUUCAUUUGUCUAAGAGAUUUCUUCUCUACUAACGGCAUUAUACAUGAAACCUCAUGUGUUGGGACUCCUCAACAAAACGGGAGAGUUGAACGCAAGCACCGUCACAUCCUUAAUGUGGCUUGUGCGUUGCGUUUUCAGGCUAAUUUACCAAUUCCGUUUUGGGGACAAUGCGCCUUAGCUGCAGGCUAUCUCAUCAAUUGGACACCUUCCUCAGUUCUUCUUGGCAAGACGCCUUUCGAAAUCCUGUACAAGCGUCCUCCACCGCUUGAUCAUCUCCGAAUUCUGGGUUGCUUAUGCUUUGUUCAUGACCAAAAGACAAAUGGUAACAAAUUCGCAAGCAGAAGCAAGAAAAGCAUCUUCAUCGGCUAUCCUUUUGGGAGAAAAGGAUGGCGUGUCUAUGAUUUGGAAUCUGGAAAGGUGUCUGUAUCUCGUGAUGUUGUUUUCUGUGAGGAUAUUUUCCCGUUUGCUUCGACUUCGUCUGAAUCCUCAUCCACUGAAUCGGCUCUGGCGAACGAUGUUAUUGAUAUUUUUAACAUUGACGACAAUCUCAGUUUUGGGUCGACAAACAUUUCAACUGCUGCUGAUACUGCUGGGCUUGACAACACUACUUCAGGCCCAUCUCCCAUCACUGAGCCCAUAUCUGAUUCUGCAGUCGUCAUUGACAAUACACUAAGCUCAAUACCGACUGCAAUUUCGAUCUCGCCGGCUCCUGCGCCUUCACCUGAGAUUCCGGCUGCUUCUCCGGUACCUGAAUCCCUUUCGAUCUUAUCCGAAUCGCUUCCUGACACACCAUCUCCGAUGGUCUCUGCGGAGGCUUCUGAAUCGAUUUCUGUUACAUCAGCUGCUGAUAUCAACGCUACAGAACCGGAACUUCUGGGUCGUGGACAUAGAAAGCGCCUUCCUUCCACAAGGUUAGCUGACUUUGUCACGAAUACAGUUCACAGUACUCCUUUUCCGAUUGAGCAUUUUGUGUCUUGCACGGGUUUCUCGGAGACGCAUAAGGCUUAUUUGUUCGCCAUUACUUCUGCGAAAGAACCAAAGAGCUAUGCUCAAGCGAUUAAGGAUGAGAAUUGGCGCUUUGCGGUCACUGAUGAGAUUGAUGCUUUGGAUAUUAAUGACACCUUUACUAUUGAAGAACUACCAGAAGGAAAACAGGCACUUGGUUCUAUGUGGGUGUUUCGUAUCAAACAUCAAUCGGAUGGUACAGUCGAACGAUACAAAGCUCGUCUUGUUGUCUUGGGAAAUCAUCAAGUCGAGGGUCUCGACUACAAAGAAACUUUCGCGCCUGUUGCGAAGAUGACUACAGUCCGUUGUUUCCUUGAGGUUUCAGCUGCUUAUGAUUGGGAGGUUCACCAGAUGGAUGUACACAAUGCUUUCCUUCACGGUGACCUUAACGAAGAAGUUUAUAUGCGACCUCCACCGGGUUUCCACAUGCCUGUUAAGAACAAGGUCUUACGACUUCGAAAGUCCAUGUAUGGUCUUAAACAGGCUCCGAGAUGCUGGUUUGCUAAGCUUCAGAAGUCUCUCUUAGAGUAUGGUUUCAAGCAAUCCCGUUCAGAUUAUUCUCUGUUCACACUUAAUGAUGGCAAACGUCGUCUGCAUGUCUUGGUGUAUGUUGAUGAUCUCAUCAUCUCCGGCAACACUUUGGAUCAUAUUACUGGAUUCAAGGAAUACUUGAGUACAUGUUUUCACAUGAAGGAUCUUGGAAUCCUCAAGUAUUUUCUCGGCAUUGAGGUCUCUCGCAGCUCGAAAGGUAUCUAUCUGUCUCAGCGCAAAUAUAUUCUGGAUCUUGUUUCUGAGGCUGGAUUGUUAGGUGCCAAACCUUGCUCAUUUCCCAUGGAUCAAAAUCAUGGUCUUGCGUUGGCGGUUGGUGAGGAGAUUGACGAUCCAACGCGGUAUCGUCGGCUUGUUGGUCGGCUGAUUUAUCUUCACGUGACACGACCGGAACUGGCGUACUCUGUCCACAUUUUGUCCCAGUUCAUGCAGUCUCCAAAACAAGCUCAUUGGGAUGCGGCUCUAAGAGUUGUGCGUUACUUGAAGGGAUGUCCAGGUCAAGGGAUUUUGCUUAAAUCAGGAAUGUCUCUUACGUUAACGGCUUGGUGUGACGCAGAUUACUCUGGCUGUCCGAUCACAAGGCGUUCUCUUACUGGCUGGUUUGUGCAGCUUGGUGAUUCUCCAUUGUCUUGGAAAACGAUCAAGCAGGAUGUUGUCUCACGAUCCUCGGCUGAAUCGGAAUAUAGGGCCAUGUCGGAUACGGUUCAAGAAAUCAUUUGGUUGAAGGCAUUGCUCUUAUCUUUCGGUGUUUCGCACGACCAGCCUGUGCAACUUCAUUGUGACAACAUGGCGGCCAUACACUUAAGUGCGAAUCCUGUCUUCCAUGAGAGAACGAAACAUGUGGAGGUGGAUUGUCAUUUUGUCCGUGACAAAGUUAUUGAUGGCACUAUCGUCACCAACCAUGUUUCGACUAAGCUACAGUUGGCUGAUAUUAUGACCAAGGCAUUGGGAAGAAAGGAGUUCGACAGUUUCUUAGUCAAGUUGGGCGUUAUGGAUCUUCACGCUCCAACGUGA